AUGUCCAGACAACAGGGGUUCAUCUGUGGCCUCUCGCACGAGGUGACCAUAGCAGUCCUCCCCAGACUGAACAUGGAGGAGCUGAUGUUUGAACUCAGCAGGAGGAUACAAAACCUGGACAAAGAGAACAGCAUCAAGGACAGGGCACGAUAUAAGUACCAACUUGUCGGACACAUGAGAACACACACUGGCGAAAAACCGUUAGAGUGUAAUCAAUGCAACUACAAUACGUCAUUCAAAAGGAAUCUAGUCCAGCAUAUGAAAAGACACACAGCCGCAAAGCCUUACAGCUGUGAACUCUGUGACUAUCAGACCUUCCGAAAGUCAGCCAUUGAGAAGCACAUAAUGGGCCAUACUGGUGUGAAACCCCACAAAUGUGAGGAAUGUGACUACAGUACAGUUAAGAAAAGCGAUCUUAUCAAACACAAGAGGCGUCACACCGGUGAGAGACCCUACAGUUGCCAAAAGUGUGACUACAAGGCAACUGUCAUGUCCAAUCUGUUUGCUCAUAUGAGAUCGAAACACAUGUGA